GGGAAGGAACUUUCGUAACUGACACAUUUCGCUUUUCAUGAUUCGUCCAUUCAUUACCUCCUGGUUUUUUCCAUCGCGCGCCAGUUUUGUAAGCAGUCUCCCUGCUUUUUAAUUAUCCCUCAAAAACAAUCUGUUUCGACAGACAAACUUACACAUAUAAAAGAGACCCCCUUUUCAAGAUCUAACGAAACUAUUUUCCUCGCAUAUAACCGUGUAUACCAUAAUUAAAGAAAAAAAAACAGAAAACGUCUUUCUGCUGCGUAAUCCUUUUCGCUUUCUUCUUUCACCCAAAGGCACACGGCCGCGCUGCUACGACACCAUGCGUCGCUCGAUUGCCCUUGCGUGCUCUUCUGCCAAAAUCAUGAGCUUGGCGUCCAAAUCCGAUGAGGAGAUAAUCCAGCAGGUGCGGAGCAAGAAGAUCGCUUUCUACGGCCUGGAGCAGGCCCUCGCUCCGGACUACGACCGCGCCAUCCGCAUUCGGCGCGAAAUUGUCAAGACGGACAUGUGCCCCUCGACGGCGUCUAAGCACCCCUUGGAUACACUGCCCUACCAGAACUACAACUGGGAACGUGUGGUGGGUCAGUGCUGCGAGAACAUCCUCGGCUAUGUGCCCGUCCCGGUGGGCAUUGCAGGCCCGCUGAUGAUGGACGGGAAGGAGGUGGCGCUGCCGAUGGCGACGACUGAGGGGGCCCUCGUCGCCAGCACGCACCGCGGCGCUCGUGCCAUCAACCUGAGCGGCGGCUGUCGGACCGCGCUGCUGAAGGAGGGCAUGACGCGUGCGCCGGUGGUGGAGGUUGACUCCUUCGAGGAGGCCAUCGCCGUCUGCCGGUUCUGUGAGGACAACUUUGAGAUGUUGAAGGCUGCCUUUGAGUCCACCACUCGCUUCGGCAAGCUGCGGAGCAUAAAAUGCGCGAUGGCGGGGCGCGAGGUCCACAUGCGCUUCUCCGCCUUCACCGGGGACGCGAUGGGGAUGAACAUGAUCACGAAGGGCUGCGACAAAGCGUUGGGGGUGCUGAAGGAGCACAUCCCCUCCAUCCGCGUGCUCUCCCUGUCGGGCAACUUCUGCACCGACAAGAAGCCCUCUGCGGUGAACUGGAUCGAGGGCCGCGGUAAGUCGGUGGUGGCAGAGGCGGUCAUCAAAAAGGACGUGGUGGAGAAGGUGCUGAAGUGCACCGUCGACAACAUUGUGAAGCUGAACGUGUCGAAGAACCUGCGUGGGUCGGCGCUGGCCGGCUCCAUCGGCGGCUUCAACGCACACGCCGCCAACGUUGUGGCAGCUAUGUACAUCGCCACCGGCCAGGACCCCGCGCAGGUGGUGGAGUCGUCCACCUGCAUGACUUCCAUCGACAAAGUUGGAGAGGACAUGCUGCUCAGCGUCACCAUGCCGAGCAUCGAGGUCGGCGCCGUGGGCGGUGGCACGGGUCUGCCCUCACAGCGUGCCAUGCUGGAGCUGAUGGGGUGCGCGGGGGCCAACGCGGAGAGCCCCGGCGAGAACUCACGCCAGAUCGCGCGUGUUGUGGCGGGUGCGGUGAUGUGCGGCGAGCUUUCCCUCAUGGCCGGCCACGCUGCGGGUCACCUGCUCAGCGCACACAUGAAGCUAAACCGCAAGCCUUCUGGUCCCUAA